GAUAGAUGAAAGACGAGCGAUGGUAGGAGAACGGUUUUAACCAGUGUUCGCAGAGGUGGGGAUUCGAGAAUCGCCGUCCUCGCCGCCACCGUCGCUCAGUUCCGAUUUCGCGUCGCGUUCGAGGAUGAGGACCGCGCGGAUCGCACUCUCUUUCGAGCCUCCCUACCAUUUGAACGCAUCGUGCAAUUCAACGAUUUCGCUCUUUGUUAUCUCCUUCCUCUUUUCUCCUCCUUUCUCUUUUUCCUACUUUUUUCUACUUUUGCGACUAUUUUUCCAUUCUCUCCCACCCUCUGAUCUUUUUUCUCAUUCCCACUUUUGUACCUCAUUUUUCCCGUUGCCAUACCUACUUUCUCGUUUGCUUCUCAUCACCCGAUUUUUGCCUAUUCGUAAUCGUUUCGCAUACCAAAAGCACGAUUACGGGUUUCGCGCAUUCGACAUUUAAAAUUAAGUUGCUGUCGAGGGAAUGCGCGUGUGCUACUACAGCGUACUACAGUAGUCGUCGUUCGAUCUCUAAGAAGAGAGAAGUAUCGUAUCGUAUCGUAUCGAAAUAUUCGCGAUAGUGAAUAAUACCGCGCAACUUGAUUUUUACCUGUUGCCUGCUGUGUAUCCUACGCUACCGCGCUAAUUAAGAGACAGAGGAAGAGGCGACGAAUGUACGAACGAUGGAGGACCACCGGUGGCGGUUUCCAUAGCUGCAGCGAGGACGCCGCAGGGUCUUCGAGAUGGGCAAUAAUGGGAGCAGCACUCGGGAUCAACAGGCUACGUCCGUGUGUUCGAAUGGAUUGAGCGUGCAAGAUGGAGCUAGUCGAGGUUGGUCCCAGUCGUUCCCUCGGGAGAUAACGAGGCACCGAUCGCAGCCAACCGCGGCGCGUAAGGUACUUCCUGAACCACCGAAUCAAAGGCUACGCGCUACCGAUAAUGGAAACAUCAUACAGAACGGCGGAACGAUCAGCGGUCGCAGAGCACCCACGUUCGCGUCGUCCCGCGAUCUUGCCAAGCGUACCUGCAACGAGCCUCCGUUUCGAGAGAGAAGCUGUUCCGCCUCGAACCUCGUCCAACCUUGUCCGAGAAGACUCGACCGGCACUGUUGUCGUUAUCGUGCCGAUGAUUCGAGUCGGCCGGACGCAAACGCGAGCUCCGCCAAUUUGAAGAAGUUCGGCAGCGAGCCUGAUCUUCGCUGUUCUCCGGAGCUAGCCUAUCCUUCGAUCCCUAGCCACUCCGAUCCAGUUCCGAGCAACUCGAUCGACACAGAGGAGACCGCUCGGUCAUCGUUCGGCUGCUACCGCUACGGCAAGGAGACCAAAGACCGGCUUGAAAGCGGAUACAGGACUAGGAAAAAGUACAAAGCCCCUGCUCCGCCAGCGUCCGUCGUUGUCUCCCCUAAUCUCCACGGAGGCUCGUCGCCCGCCAGCGAAUCUCAUUCCUCGCGAGACCUCGACACCCGUUAUCAUCCCCAUUCGCAUGCCCCUUCCCGUUCCCAUCCUCAUUCUCAUGUCCAUCAGCAUCGUUACCAAGUUCAACCGCCGCCGCGGAGAUCCCGCCUGUUCAAAACUCGCGCCGAAUCGAAGAAAGCCCAAAUCAGCUGGCAGUUGUCACCGUCGUUCGAUCGCGAUCGCGAGAGGACGAAACUUUCGCAACGCGACGACGCGUCCAGCCAUUGGAACGGCGCUCCUCGUUCACGGACGAGUCAACAUUCCGACACCGAAGUGGUCGCUGACUCGUUGUCCAUCGAUCGGCGUGAUCGCGAUCGCUCGACCAACGUCCACGAGCAUCGCCACCAUCGCAGUUCCAGGCUACACCCCCAAGAUCAUGGAAAGAACACGCUUCAGAGGAGCAUGAGCAGCCCAGAGUUUCAAGCGGAGUUGAUUCGAGUGGCAAAGAGAGUUCGCGAUAAGUUGGACUCGAGCGAGACGGUUCUCGACGAAGCCACGCACGAUCGUCGAGCCAGUCGUUUCGAUACGGAAGCGACGAUCAGUUGCGUUGAUCGACGACCACCGAGUCGUCGACGUAACGAGAUCGAAGACGGAGGAGCAGAGAGCCGCGGUGAUAAUAAGGAACGAGAUCGACGUGGGCGAUACGAAGAUCGAUCAGUGGAACGACGGCUGAGCGGUGAUCCAGUCGAUCCAACUUGUGAAAACGGCGAUCGUAAAACCGAUGUGAUGGCCAAGUCGAACCAACGUCGUCGAACUUACGAAAGUCCGGCAUCGAAGGAUUGUUCCAUGAACGAUGCUGUCGAGAGCCCUAAGCCAGUCGAACCACGACGACUCUCGCAGCAACAGAACUCGGAUCCUGGCAGACGGAACGACCAUUGGUUGAAAAUGGUUUCGGCAAAGCGACCUCUUGAUCAGAAAUGGUCUGAUGUCUCGAUGACGGAGAAGUCGGAACUGCGAUCACGUGGCAACGAGUACGUCGGAGAAACGAGCAACCCUGUCUCGAACGAACGAUCCGAGGGAGAACAGGAUCAAGCAUUCGCCUCGAUGACACCGAAGACUUUUUACUUUGGUAUGAACGAGGAUUCGAUCGAGUCUCGCAACCAUCAGGACCAAGAUGCUGGAGGAAAGCUCGAGUCCGAGGCGAAACUUCCGAACCGUGAUCGAGGAGACGGCGGAGCUUCGUUUAUCGCGGAUGCUACCGAUGACACGGACGAUAAUGAAAGAAGCGUCGUGGAAAAUAUCUCGUUGAAACUGCGUCCGACCUUGCCGAAGAAACAGUUGGAAAUUCCGCGAUUCUCACCGUCGGCUGCGUGGAGGUUACUCUCGACGUUGGAAACGCCGGGCCCGAGUAUGAGCACCGCCAGUGAAGAAGUCCCGGUUCGUAGUUGUAGAAAAUAUGAAUCUUAUAACAUCAAGACGCACCAAAUGUGCAACGUGAUGUUCGAGGAGCGAAUCGAGCGGCUUUCGAGGCCACCGCCGCCAUUCCCUCUCUCAUUAGGGCCUCGUAGUUGGCACGAUAAGUCUGGUGACUCUGGAAUAUCGGGAGAUGCCGGAGCCGGCAACGAGGACUCCUUCGAGGUCAGCACAAUCAACAGGAUAAAAACUGCAGUAACGAGGCCGACAUGGACGCCGCAACAGGAUUUGGGAGAGGAAUCGAGCAGCGACGCCGGUGUCGAUUCACCACCACCUUUGUCCACACCGUUAAAAUAUCACUCACCACGAGCGCACGUCUUCUCUCUCUCGUUGCCCAGAGACGAAGCCAGAACAACGUGUCUCUGUGCUCCGGAAACUAAAACCAGGGAGGCAUCCGCGUUCAAUUCCCUUCAGAAGCUGAAGAGGUCGGUUUCUGGAGCGUUCGGCAUAGGAUCACACGAGCAUCAAAGAAACUGUACUCGUGACCUUCUCGACGACAACUGGUUACUAUCGACCAGUGCACCUACCUCGUUGCAGCACAGUCGCGUCCGCAUCGAGGCAACGCGAAUCUCACCGUCUGCUUGGAGACCGUUUCCAUCUCGUCGAGAUCGCGACGCUCGACAAGUCCAACGUCCGCGUGACAGC